GUAUUUACACUUUCAUUUUUUUGACAUUGACGUUUCUGUUUUUGUUCGAUAUGUUUUUAUUUUAUGUUUUACUACGUGGUUUAAUUUAAGUUUAAACAAUAAUUUAAUUUCGUUAAUAUUGUUUACGAGCGUAAUUUAAUUUUGCAUUUAAUGUUUAUUUUAUAUCAUUUUUCUUAUAACCAUGACAUCCAAACACUUUUGCUUAAAAUGGAACAAAUUUGAAUCGAACAUCUUAAGUGCAUUCGAAAGUCUUCAAAGUACAGAAGAUCUUGUAGAUGUUACACUUACGUGUGAAGGAAUUAAUAUCAAAGCUCACAAAUUUAUCUUAUCGGCAUGCAGUCCUUAUUUCAGAACGAUAUUUAAGGAAAAUCCCUGUCCGCAUCCAAUAGUUAUAUUAAAAGAUGUAUGUCAUUCGGAUCUAGUGGCUAUAAUUAAUUUUAUGUACCACGGAGAAGUAACUGUUACCGAAGAACAACUUGCUUCUUUUUUAAAUACGGCUAUGUUACUACAAGUAUCGGGCCUUAUGAAUAACGAUGACGCCCAACAUAAAAAACAACAAUUACCCGUUAAAAAACCGAAAAAUACUGAAACUCGGGAAUCUCCACCAAAAAAAUCCAAAUUAUCAUCGCCCAAAUUGAAGAAGGCAGUCCAGGGUAGUGCCCCUGCAGAUGAGGCGCUUAUUGAUAUAAAAAACUCUUCGUCGCCCUCUAAAUCCGAGGUCGUUGAAUUAGGUAAAAUAAAGACUGAAGAAGAUAUGUCGAUCUUAAACGAAUACGACAUAAGCGAAAACGUCGAAGUUUUAGUAGACGAUAAAAACGAACAGGGUUCUAUACUAGAAGCAGCGCUAGAAAUUCGCGAUAAACCGAGCAGUAUUUUAGAAAGAUCCCUAACUGCGCAAGCAGUAAAGUCCCCCUCCCAUUUCGAUAAAUCCACCAUGCCGGACGUACCCCCAAAGACAAUUUUCAUAUUACGUAAACCCCCCGACGUCGAAUCGGACAAACUCGCUUACAAAACGUCAUCGGAGUCUUCGACGAGUCCCUCGACUUUCGAAUUCCCAUCCGAGUUUCUUCAACAACGCAUCAAGACUGAAGAUAAUCCAGAUAAUUACGAAAAUAUGUCCUUGGAGGAGAUCAAAGAGAUGAACCAGAGAACCGGGGGGUUGGAGGUGCAACCCCACCACAGUUCUCAGUGGGGUAAUUGUCCUCAUUGCGGGAAAGUUUAUUCCAAUCAAUCGGCUUUGAAAUACCAUGUCAGGUUGGUACAUUCCGAUUUGACCAACAUGUAUUGUUGUCAUUUAUGUCCGGAAUCGUUCGAUUAUCGCGAGGGGUACAAAAAGCAUAUGGCUGAAGUGCAUUUUGUCCGAAAUUGAUAUUCUAUUGGAAAUUAUCAUUUUAUAAUCAGAAAUUUUUAUUAUUUUGUUUUCUACAUGUUUUUUUUUGUUGUAUAAUUUAAUAUGAAUAUAUAAAGUGGUUUUUGAAGGGCUGUUUUAUUUUUAACCUAACCUGGCAAAU